GGGUGCAACUCCCCAACCUGUCCCCGCUCCCUCCCGGGGUUAGCAUCCCUAGCUGGUAAGCCUGUGGCUCUGACGGCCCCCUCCCUCCUUUAUCCUCAUAGGGCCCACCGCUGAGCACCACACCAGGCCAUGGCCUGCCUCCAUGAGACCCGCACCCCCUCCCCUUCCUUUGGGGGCUUUGUGUCAACCCUCAGCGAGGCAUCCAUGCGCAAGCUUGACCCAGACACUUCCGACUGCACCCCCGAGAAGGACCUGACGCCAACCCAGUGUGUACUUCGAGAUGUAGUGCCCCUUGGUGGGCAGGGUGGGGGUGGGCCCAGCCCCUCACCAGGUGGAGAGCCGCCCCCUGAGCCUUUUGCCAACAGUGUCCUGCAGCUACAUGAGCAGGAAGCAGGGGGCCCAGGGGGAGCCACUGGGUCCCCUGAGAGUCGAGCGUCCAGAGUUCGAGCCGAUGAAGUGCGGCUGCAGUGUCAGAGCGGCAGUGGCUUCCUUGAAGGCCUCUUUGGCUGCCUGCGCCCUGUCUGGACCAUGAUUGGCAAAGCCUACUCCACUGAGCACAAACAGCAGCAGGAAGACCUCUGGGAGGUCCCCUUUGAGGAAAUCCUGGACCUGCAAUGGGUGGGCUCAGGGGCCCAGGGUGCUGUCUUCCUGGGGCGAUUCCACGGGGAAGAAGUGGCUGUGAAGAAGGUGCGGGACCUCAAGGAGACCGACAUCAAGCACCUCCGAAAGCUGAAGCACCCCAACAUCAUUACCUUCAAGGGUGUGUGCACCCAGGCUCCCUGCUACUGCAUCCUCAUGGAGUUCUGCGCCCAGGGCCAGCUGUAUGAGGUACUGCGGGCUGGCCGCCCUGUCACCCCCUCCUUGCUGGUUGACUGGUCCAUGGGCAUUGCUGGUGGCAUGAACUACCUGCACCUGCACAAGAUUAUCCACAGAGACCUCAAGUCCCCCAACAUGCUAAUCACGUACGACGAUGUGGUGAAGAUCUCAGAUUUUGGCACUUCCAAGGAGCUGAGUGACAAGAGCACCAAGAUGUCCUUUGCAGGGACAGUAGCAUGGAUGGCCCCUGAGGUGAUCCGCAAUGAGCCUGUGUCUGAGAAGGUCGAUAUCUGGUCAUUUGGUGUUGUGCUGUGGGAACUGCUAACUGGUGAGAUCCCCUACAAAGAUGUAGAUUCCUCGGCCAUCAUCUGGGGCGUGGGAAGCAACAGUCUCCAUCUGCCCGUGCCCUCUGGCUGCCCAGAUGGUUUCAAAAUCCUCCUUCGCCAAUGCUGGAACAGCAAACCCCGAAAUCGUCCAUCAUUCCGACAGAUCCUGCUGCAUCUGGACAUCGCCUCAGCCGAUGUGCUCUCCACACCCCAGGAAACUUACUUUAAGUCCCAGGCAGAGUGGCGGGAAGAGGUAAAGCUGCACUUUGAAAAGAUUAAGUCAGAAGGGACCUGUCUACAUCGCCUAGAAGAGGAGCUCGUGAUGCGGAGGAGGGAGGAGCUCAGACAUGCCUUGGAUAUCAGGGAGCACUACGAACGGAAGCUGGAGAGGGCCAACAACCUGUACAUGGAACUUAAUGCCCUGAUGUUGCAGCUGGAGCUCAAGGAACGUGAGCUGCUCAGGCGGGAACAAGCUUUAGAACGGAGGUGCCCAGGCCUGCUGAAGUCACACCCUUCCCGGGGCCUCCUGCAUGGGAACACAGUGGAGAAGCUCAUCAAGAAGAGGAAUGUGCCACAGAAGCUGUCACCCCACAGCAAAAGGCCAGAUAUCCUCAAGACAGAGUCUUUACUACCUAAACUAGACGCAGCCCUGAGUGGGGUGGGACUUCCUGGCUAUCCUAAAGGGCCCCCCUCACCAGGACGGAGUCGGCGUGGCAAGACUCGUCCCCGCAAGGCAGGCGCCAAGGGCAGUUGUGGGGACCUGCCUGGGCUUCGUGCAGCUGUGCCAGCCCCUGAACCUGGACCAGGAAGCCCUGGAGGACUGGGAGGGGGGCCUUCAGGCUGGGAGGCCUGCCCCCCUGCCCUCCGUGGGCUCCAUCAUGACCUUCUACUACGCAAGAUGUCUUCAUCAUCCCCUGAUCUGCUGUCAGCAGCACUGGGGGCCCGGGGCCGGGGUGCUACUGGGGGAGCUAGGGAUCCUGGCUCACCCCCUCCAGCCCGGGGUGACACCCCUCCAAGUGAAGGCUCAGCCCCUGGCUCUACCAGCCCGGAUUCACCUGGAGGAGCCAAAGGGGAGCCACCUCCACCAGUAGGGCCUGGUGACGGUGUGGGGCUGCUGGGAACUGGAAGGGAAGGGACAGCGGGACGGGGAGGAAGUCGGGCUGGUGCCCAGCACUUGACCCCGGCUGCACUGCUGUACAGGGCUGCUGUCACCCGAAGUCAGAAACGAGGCAUCUCAUCAGAAGAAGAAGAAGGAGAGGUGGACAGUGAAGUAGAGCUGACAUCAAGCCAAAGGUGGCCUCAGGGCCUGAACAUGCGCCAGUCACUAUCUACCUUCAGCUCAGAGAACCCAUCAGAUGGGGAAGAGGGCACAGCUAGUGAGCCUUCCCCCAGCGGCACACCUGAAGUUGGCAGUACCAACACUGAUGAGCGGCCAGAUGAGCGGUCUGAUGACAUGUGCUCCCAGGGCUCAGAAAUCCCACUGGACCCACCUGCUUCAGGGGCGGUCCCUGGCCCUGAACCUAGCUCUUUGCCCAUCCCACAGCAGGGCCUACUCAGAGGGGAACAGGGCCCUCCCAAUCCUGAGGAUUCAGACUGUGACAGCACUGAACUAGACAACUCUAACAGUGGCGAUGCCUUGCGGCCUCCAGCAUUUCUCCCUCCAUGAAAGCCACAAUUAUUCCCUGUACAUACAAAAAUAUUUAUAUAAAUUAUAUGCGCCACAUAAUCAACCAAGACGGGGCUAUCCCAGCCUUAAGUCAGCUCAAGGGAGACUGACCUCCCCCCACCCCCAACCAAUUCACCUGAUACACUCUAGGGUUGCUGGCAGCUGUGGAAAUGACAAGUACUGCCCUAGAGCUGUGGGUAAGGGGAAGCUGGCCCCCUUCCUGCUCCACCCCAAUCCUUAUGUUCAGCAAGAGGUUAGGCAAUAGAAAAGCCAGGCUUGUCUCCUAUGUUCCUCCUGUAUCCUUCACCAUUCUGGGAAGCAGGAGAGGGAAACACUUAGACUGCACUUUUUCUGUUUUCCGUUGACUCUGUUUACACAUUUUGCACUUGGGAGGAGGGAGGCUAAGGGUGGGUCCUCCCCUCUGAGGUUUCUCAGGUGGCCACGUAACUCAUUUUUUUGUCCUUCCAUUUCUCUGCUCAAACCCUGGCUUACGGCCCAGGGGGAGGUUAGGAGACUGUGAUAGCAUGUGAUGGUUCAAGCUGAAGGGCUGGGGUACUGUUCAAGCCCCUGAUUCUAUCCUGGUGCCUGAUUUGGGUGGGGACUGUCAUAUUGUAACCCCUGUGAAAAACCGUGAAAUAUAACCACUCCAUGCAGGCACAGCUGUUGAGGGUUUUCUUGGUCAACGAACGGGGUAACAUACAUGGUAAGUAGGAGCCUUGGGCUCCUGACUUUAUCUGAGAACUUUGGACAAGUCACUUCCCCUUUUAUGCCUCUUUUGUCACUAAAUGAGCAUCACUUCAAGCUCCAACCUUCCAAAUUUAUCGAGAGGACUGCAAAUGAAUAGUUAUAUUAAAAACACAGAGAAGAGACAAGUUUUUAGUUUAAAAUUUGCAGGCCUGGACAACACGAAUCCUAGCCAUGUUUUAUGGCUGCCAUGUGCGUGCAUGUGUAUUAUCCCCACCCCUGCCCAGUGCGAGCAUCAGUGCUUGCCUACUACUCAGAGGCAAGUCCUAGGAAAGACUAACCCCCAAUCUUUGGGGC